GUGUUUGUGACCAGAGUUUUGGAAUACACGUAGCAGAGUUGGCGGCUUUCCCAAAACAUGUGAUAGAAAGUGCAAGACAAAAAGCGUUGGAGCUGGAGGAAUUUCAAAACAUUGGCAAGUCCCAGGAAUCUGAAGGAGAACCACCAGCCAAGAAACGCUACAGAGAAAGAGAGGAAGGUGAAAAGAUAAUUCAGGAUUUUCUUUGUCAAGUGAAAGCACUGCCCCUGACAGAUAUGUCAGAAGACGACAUCAAAAUCAAGCUGAAACAGCUGAGAAAUGAUGUGUUGGCAAAGAACAACAGUUUUGUGAAUGAAAUCAUUUCCCGAACGACAGUUACAUCAUGA